AUGGACAGCAAUAACAGCAACAGCGGUAGCGGUGUUCGGAGAGAUGUCAUGAAUGCUGGAGUAUCGGACUCCACAAGCAAGCGAGCGGCGCUCCAGGGACAAUGGAAAACACCUCCUCUACCUGUGUACGCUUCCGGUUAUGGACAUCCGCAUUCAGCCGUUUCUCGGCCUCAGCAGCAGGCACAAGUAGGUACAGACCAAACUAUUCCAAGAAUAACGGCUCUGUCUUCAAUUCCAAACAACUCUGAAGAUUAUGCAAAAGCUUUGCAGGAGGCCUACCGAAAGGGGGCAGAAGCCGCAGCACUCAUUGCCCAACAGCAGCAACACGGUAUGACAAUGUCGACGGCAUUGUCUUGUCCAAACUUUUCGACAGUCCCGGCUGCACCACAGCCUCAUGGAAUGCACAUGUCUCCAGCGACAGAAGAAGCUGCAUACGCGCAUCAAGUGCAUCCAACCCCUACUCAUUCAGCGAUUCCGGAUCCGUUAAGUUCGGCAAUGCCGCCCCCUCCCCCGCCUUCUGCGGCGGCAUCACACCCAUCCACAAUACAUUAUCACCAGCCUCCACCACAUCAUUCGCAAUCCGCUUCCCAACCUUCGCACCAACAACAGCAACAAGAAUAUGUCGCCCAACCAAAUCAAGCAGCAGCCGCAAAACAGCCGCAACCGAGGUCGGUUAGUUUGCCUGACAUGACGGGAUAUGCUGCUCAAGCGGAAGAAGAGAAGCGACAAAAGAGGUUAGCCAGAAAUCGGGCAUCGGCUAGGCUCCGUCGCUUGAGGAAGAAAAAUCUGGUCGAUGCUUACGAAACUGAAGUGGGUACUCUAGAGAAGACUUUGAAACAGCUGGGAGCACACCAAUGGGGGGAAACGGAUGACCACAAGGCAUUGUUGGAUGCACUAGGCAUGGAAAGGGGGCAACAGGCCAUUCGUCCAGAACAAAGAAGUGAGAUUAUUCAAGACAUAUUGACGCAACAACUUCAACAGGUCGAACUAUUGAGGCAAGCACAAAUGGAACAACAGUGUUUGAUCAUGCUUGCAGAAGGCGAACAAGAUGAGCUGUCGCAAGAGCUCGAAGGUAUUUUACAGCUUUCUGAUGAUCAGAAAGAGCAAUUGCGACUCUCGGCGAAAGGGCUAGAAAAUGAGAUCGAAGCUUUGGAAACCGUAAUCUCGUCCCUACAGACCAUGUUGGAGAAUAAAUGGCUCCUGAAUGAAGGAGUUCAAAGCAUUGUAGAUCAAUUCACAUCCAUUCUACACAAGAACCAGGUUUCUAAGUUCCUCCUUUGGACCGAUACCAACAUGGAAGCAAUUGACCAGCUGGACCAUGUCAAUGUUCAGCCGCUUCAGGAUGCGCCGGUCUUCACCUUUGGAGUCGAAAGCGCAGCGGCAGACGAAGAAUAG